CCUGUGAGCCCCCGUGGCGGUGCCGGCCGCGCGCUCGAGGACUUCCAGGCGGUGGUGCAGCCCAUGCUGGCCGAGGCCGAGAUCGCCACCACCGUCUUCAUCACCGAGAGACCCCACCACGCUCAUGAGAAAGUACGGGAUGAGGACCUGUCGCAGUGGGACACGUUGGUGGUCAUGGCCGGGGAUGGGCUCCUGUAUGAGGUGGUGAACGGGCUCAUGGAGCGGCCAGACUGGGAAGACACCAUGAAGAAGCCGCUGUGCAUCCUGCCGGGGGGCUCCGGGAACGCCCUGGCCGCCUCCAUCAACCACUACGCAGGCAACGAUCACGUGGCCAAGAAGAAGCUGCUGACGAACUGCACCUUCAUCCUGUGCAAGGGGCUGCACACGCAGAUGGACCUGGUCUCGCUGAGCACGGCCUCGGGCAAGCGCCUCUUCUCCUUCCUCGGCUUCGGCUGGGGCUUCAUCUCAGAUGUGGACAUCGACAGCGAGAAGUACCGCCGGCUGGGCAAUGCCCGCUUCACCCUGGGCACCCUCCAGUGCCUGGCCAAGCUGCGGGUGUACCAGGGCCGCCUCUCCUACCUGCCCGCCCUCCCCGAGCAGGGCACC